UAAUUAUGUACUUUACAGGUAAAUGAAUACCGUAUUUUGAGAAGGUUUCAGAUUUUCUGUAUUUUAAUUAAAAUAGUUCAAGAAUAUGUCGAUAUAUUAUAUCAUAAUGUAAAAUAUAUAAAUAUACUUCGUACAUUUGCCUUUGGACCUUAAAUUUUUAUUAACAUGUAUGUGUAACACAAGAAAUUGUAAUACGUUUUGGACCUUACUUUUUCGUAGAAACAAUUAUUCACGUCAAGUUGAUAAUAUGAUUGAUUCAUAUCUUUAGGACAUUAAAGGGAGACACAGGCAAAAUUUGCAUUUCUUCGUUUUGAUUAUUUUAUUCAUUAUUCUGUAAAUGUCCCAAAAUAAAUACACUAGGCAGUCGUUGGAAUAUAACUUUACUCCUUUUAAAGAAUAAGAUGCUGGUUUUCUUACUUGACCAACGUGGGUCAGUUUAGAGCGUUAAGAUUUCACAAUGGUUGCCACAGUGAACUCUGGAAACGUUAAAAAACAUGUCAAAUGAAUGACUUAUACUUGUCUCAGUCAUUCAAUAUCCACAAUAUCUGUAAUUGUACCUUCCAGGGUUUGUCCAAUUCACAUGGCUUGUUUUAAAACUACUUGGUGAUUCUGUCGGCGUCUAAAAUUCGUUCAAUAUAUCUAGAUAUUUUACGCUUCAAACUCAUAAUAUAUAGAAUUUAUGCAGAAAUUCAAGCGUGAUUUAAUUAAAUUAAUUUUUUUUAUAUUUUAAAAUUAAUUUUAAUAUCUAUGUCAUUUAUUUGCCUGAGUAUCCCUUUAAAACAUGAUAUGUACAACAAGUAGGUACUACAUACUAUCAAAUGGUUGAACAAGAACUAUAAACCUUACUCAAUUUGUGCUAGCACAUAUUUCAGAUUUAGUUUCAUUAAUUUAACAAGAUCAACACUUAAACUGACGUUUAUAUCUCUGCAGACACAUGGACAUAUUUGUGACAUACUUUUUUCAGCUGCAUUUUACAGUUUCAAUAUCUAAUGAUAUACAAAUUUUAACGUUUGUUUGUGAUAUGCAGGCUUCAGAACCUCAGUUCCCCUUUCAAAAUUUCGUUUUUUUAGUUCCGCCCAUUGCUUUCUCGUUUCGGGCACACGCAUUCUUUUACUUGGGGACCAUACACACUUUCUGUGGAAUAGCAUGUCAGUGUCACAUUAAAGGCUCCAUAUGAACCGCCGUAUGAACACAUUUGCGGUUGUUUCUAAAUUUAAAAUGUCACCAUUUUCGUGUUAAAAUUCUAUUUCAGCAAUUGCUAGCGAGCGUGGACCAAUACCGUCCAUGAACAGGAUCAAUCAAACCGAGCCUGUAUUAUUUUUUUUUUUCAUUUUGACGUAUUGGACUUUCUUUGUGUAUUCUUUUUUUCUCUAUUUGAACAAAGGAAUUUUAAUGACAAAACCAAAACUUAAAAAAUUAGAAAUUACCUUAACCGUAAAACUACUUUGACCGUCAAGGUUUCGUUAGAUGUAUGUUGUAAAGUUGUCAGAUUAAAUUUUUCGUUUACAGUUUUGAUCCUUUUUUGAACAAAAACCACUUAUGACAACGGUCAUGAGAAAUGUUUCAUAUAUUGCAAACAUCAACAUUAAUAACACCGACAUUCUGCAUAAUUUGAGUAUGACCUUGAUCUAUAAAUGACCUUGAAUGUCACUGUAUAGAUUUCUACUAUAUUUUGUUCAAGAAAAUGAUCUUUUCUUUGAAACAUCUACAUUUCUUCUCUGAUUUAGAAAUAAGAAAAAAUCUAGCGUGGCCCCACUUAGCGGUGUCUCUUUUUAAAACUGUUUACACGGACAUGGCUUUGAUUUAAAGUUGUUAAUUUAUAACAUUGUUUUUGUUAGCACAUUUUUAUACUGUUAUCAAUAAACCUCUGUGAAACGAAAAUAGUUCACAUUUUUAUUUAUAAAUUUUGAUAAUUAAAUAGAUCUUUCUGAACGGUAUCUCACAUUUAAAACAUUUUUCGAAACCUUUUUCAUAUUUUGCCCUACAAUUAAUGAAACUUUUUCAAUGAGACUAUUUUAAAUAUCUUUAUGAACUUCCUUUAAAUAAAUAUUUUAUAUAUUAUUCAUACUUGUGUAGGUAUCAUUAUCCUUUUGAACUAUCAUUUCUUGCACGGUAACACAAAACAGGCUAUAUAUUUAAUACCAAAAGUUAAACUGUUAUAAUAUUACUUUACUCAUUUAUGCAUGCAUAUUGCAGUCAGCAUCAGUAUUGGAGGGUCUUGAUGUAUUCGAUAAUGAUGUUCUUUACUAUGACAUUUACCAAAAAGCUUUAUCUGAAGGUGUAGAAAAUGAUAAAACCAUCCGAGUUAAUGUUGUUGGUAAUUUUGCCCAAGGAAAAACAUCAUUGUCUAAUAUCCUUGUUGGAAAACAAUCGGUGGACGUUCAGAGCACCAAUGGUGUUGAAAUAAUACACUGUAAAUACUCUAAUGAUCAUGAAAGUGUCACGUUUUGUUCACUGAGCACUUCACCUGGAGACAAAGAAUACCACAGACGUAUUGCUUCAUUAGUACAGAUUGAGAAAGAUGAGAAAAAAUCUAAUCAAAGAACAGAUAAUUCAAAAUUUAUCAACUUAAACGAAACAAGUACAGAAAGUAACGUCAGAAGGACAGGCGUUAAGAAGCAUACCGGAAAGAGCUGUCCUCUUUCAAAAGAUUUUCUAAAGGUUUCAAUGCUGAUCGACAUGAAUCAGUGUGUCCCGUUUAAUGCGGAUGGAGAUCUACAGUUCUGGGAUUUUGGGGGUCAGUUUAUCUUUUAUGCAACACAUACCUUAUUUCACAGCAAGACUUCUGUUUAUCUCGUUGUUUUCGAUUUAACCAAACCGUUAUCAGCUAUUGUAGAGGAUACAGAAUUUCCGAAUGAAUCAGUAAGAAAAAGCAUACAGCAGUAUGCAGAAUACUGGAUGAGAUCCAUACAUUCUUACGUUGGGUCCGACGAUGGUUUACAGCCUCCAGUCAUUCUUGUAGGUACUCAUAAAGACUUACUCGAAGGCGAUGACAACAUGAGGCAGAAAUUUGCAGACGAUUAUUUUGAUAACAUAAGGAAACUUUUCGAAGACACGCCAAUUAUUAAUCAUAUUCAGGCAAAGGAUUUUGCAGUCGAUUGCACCAAUCCUAGCGACAGUAGCAUUGUUGAACUGCGUAAAGAAAUCAUACGUCUUGGUGCUAAUUUAGAAGAGAAAAAAAUUCCUGCAAGGUGGCUACCUCUUGAAAAGGAAUUGCUUGCCAUGAAACAUAGAAAGAUAAUUAUGUAUAGCGAAGUAGAGGUAAUUAAUGCACAAACAGACAUUCCGCUGACAGAUAAGGAACAUAUUAAAGUGUUCCUUCUCUAUCAACAUGCAAAAGGAAACCUAUUUUACUUUGACGAAGAGCCACUAUCAGCAUACAUUGCGCUGGAUACUCAAUAUGUUAUUGACGCAUUUAAAUGUAUAAUAACAUCAGAGAGAUUUUGCAAGAAAGAUCCUACAUGUCGCCGUCUCUGGAAGACUCUUACACAGGAAGCAAAAUUAGAAAUGCAAUUGCUAGAGAGAGUUUGGAGUACCGAUGAAAAAAACAACUUUCUGAAACACAAAGACGUGCUACUGAUGUUGAUGCAAAGGCAUUAUAUCAUUUCCGAAGCAUUGAGUUAUGACGACAAAACAGAAGAGACUAAAGGACUUGGCUAUUAUGUUGUACCAUGCUUCCUUCGCUUAUACAGAGCUAAUGAGCCUGUAAAAGAAUUACUUUCUGGAAGACAACAGACGUUGCUGAAGUUUGUCAUGUCCUUUACUAUCUCUCCACUAGUGCAGAUAGUGUAUUAUCGUGUCAUUGCAGCUUUGGUUGGAAAAUGGGAGAUAGUAUCCAUUAACAGUCCCGAACAAGAGAAGCAGGUAUUGCUGUAUGAAAAUCUGGGUGUAUUCAAACUUGACCGUUACCAUGUUGGAAUAAUUGAACAUCAUCAGGGUUUCAUUGAUUUAAGUGUCCAGAAACUUUGUAAGUCGGGUAUUAAUGCUGCCAUUGUCGACUUGUUUCGUCGAUUUGUGGUUUCAAACGUCAUGAACGAAUUUAAAAAGCAUAGACAGGCAUCAAAAAAACAAAGAAGCCCUUUUGAGAUUUGUUUCAAAUGCAACGAAAAAAGUCACUGCUUUGGUGGAAGUCAACAAACUGUGUCAUUGGAAGAGCUUCAAGAAUCAACGGUUGAACCUUGCCCAGAUAUGAUCAAAGGCCAUGAAAUAAGUACACGACAGGCAAUUUCUGAAUGGUUUCAAGACCACUUGAACAUAAGAUUGAAAAAUGAUUACGUGUUGGGAGAAGAACAACUCAUCAAACUGUGUAACACAGUAGGAAAAAAUUGGCAGAUACUUGGAAUCAAACUUGGUUUAAGCAAUGUACAAAUAGAGCAAAUAGAAUUGGAUAACCAAACCACAGGAUUGAGGAUAUUUAAAAUGCUUUUGAAAUGGACUGCUCAGAGGCAAAAAGAGGCCACAUUCAAUACACUUAUUCAAGCUAUGAAAUCAGCAACAGAAGUAUCCGUUGACUGGGAUAAAGUUAAAAACAUCGGCGAGGAAAUAGAAUCAAAAAAUAGCACCGGACUUUAGCACUACAGACAAGUACUGUAUACAAAAACUAAAAGACAAAACAUGGCAAUGACUGUGUUACUCAGAUGAGCUGAAAGGCGUCGAAUUUCUUAUUGGAGUAUCCAAACAUAGUAUCGAAACAAAAAUAUUAUAAUCGUAUAAAAGAAGGUGUUGCAAAAAAACAACUUUUAAUUAGAAUAUGGAGAUAUUGUUGGAAAUUUGAUAUGAUAUAAUUAUUCAAUUAAAAUAUAAUGUUUGCAAUAAUCGUUUAAAAUGCUGUACUGCUGUACAAAGGAAUUUAGAUAAUUAAUAAAAAUUGAAGUGUUAUGAGACUUGGAUGAAAUAAAAGUUCUUUGUGUAUCUAACUAUACGCUCAAAACCGUAUAUCAACAGAGACAAAACGAAAAAAUAUUUGCAACAUUUUUCGCAAUGUUAAAAAGACCUUAUUGCAUUUGUUUUCACUACAGUACUAUAAUCUGUAAAUGAACUUCGAAACACAGGGGUGUAUCUCCAAGAAAAUAAUUGCAGAGUGUUUCAAUUUAGUUUGUCAUUUGGGUUAUAGAAAUAAUAAAACACUAUCCCUGUUGUUAAAACAUGUUUCCCCUAAAGAAUUGUUACUAAUCUGCGAGCAUCUGUAAAUGGCUUCUUCCACUUUCGUCACUAGGCUUCUUCCACUUUCGUCACUAUUUAUAUCUUAGAACAGGACGAUUUGUGAUAAACAUAUUUCAUGAAACAACGUAAUUUGCUUUAUUUUGCUUUACUAUUAUUAUAGUUUAUUUUAUAAUAUUUAUUCUUGUUUAUUUUGAUCGAUCACUUUACAACAUCUGAACAUGUUUGAUGUAUUUGUUAUGAAUAUGUAGAAGACAAAAUAGUGAAGCUGUGUUAUCAUGUGUAUGAAAUAAGAGCUGCUGAAACAACAUGGUAGCCUUUGGCUAAUAAUUCUUCACGUGAUAAAAUAGACAACUGAAAAUAAAACUAAAAUUGGAUAAAUUACCGUCAUAUUUGUAUCUUAUUAUUUCACAAGAAUUUCGCAUAUUUAAUAAAUGUAACAUUUUGUUUGUUAUCGCACAUUACCAUAUUUGUGCAUUUUAACACAUAUCUCUUGUAAAUUUUUUUCUGACAGCACACUUGUUUAAGUUUGUUUUUAUCAUGACUUGAUUAAAAUGAUUUAUCUGUGGAUAUUGAAAGACAUAUUGAGCUGUGAAUGUGGAAUAUAAUGUUAAAAUAUCAUGUCUCCAGACUCAUGCUAAUUUUCAUGAAAAAAAAAAUGAAAAUGAUUUUUAUGAGGAAAACAUUUGAAGAGAACAAAUACAUUAUUUUACUCGUUGCAAUUGACACUCACGAUUCACUUAAAUUACCCAAAUGAGGUCAAAAUAGGCAAGAAGAGCCCUUACUGCGUUAGUCACGCAGUAAAAAUACGGUGCUAAAUACUGCAAUAUCGGUCAUUAGUUGCACAUAACAUGUAUAUAAGUACUUUUAUCUUAGAUUUUUUAACUUCACUAAACCUCUUAAUACGUUUUCUUCAAGUUUAUUUUUCUUAAAAUAUUUUGGCUCAUCUGGAUGCGCGCAAUUCUAAUUGAUGUGCAAAACUUACAUACUUUGUUAAUUUGAUAGAAGUAGUCGUUUUAUAGUACAAUUUCAUUUUUUUACCUGUUAUGUGAUACGUACUCAGUGUAUAUCAUUUAAUACAUAAAUUAACCUCAACAUAAGUCUUUUACAAUCGUUUAUCAAUUAAUAACUAACUUGAUUAUUUUUUCCAUCUUUUAAAGUUUAAAUAAAUGAUAUACCUGGGAUGAUGUUAAGAGUGAAGCAUAUCAAAGAUAAAAUUAGAAUUUGAUGUUGGCGAGUGAAGAACUUUGUCAAAAGAAUUCUGAUUUUUUAUCCCAUGUUCCUUUUAUAUAUUAUUGUUAGAUAUUUCUAAGCAAAUAUUGUUAUGAUACACAUUUAGUUACGUCAUCAAAAAUGAAAUAGAUAAUCAAAAUAUUUAGCACUCUGCAAAAUGACUGACCUUUCACACAGUUUAUUUUUACAAAGAUAAAUAAUACGUAUAAUUAAUUAAGCACAUCUGCAACAAAAAAUAAUAUAUAGACAAACAAUUUGAUCUCUUAUGCAAUUAAAGCUUUGCUUGUAUACUGAUAUAUUUUUGAUAAUGUAUGUACUGAAUGCACUGUUAAUUAUGAUGAUUUCUCUUCCUUAAUUUCUAUACUCAACGCACAGUAAAUUGCGAUGGUUUGUUUCUGCUAAUGCAUGCCAUCAAAUAACUGUUAAUUAUGAUGCUUUUAUCAUGCUAAUUAAAUGGACUCCACAGAGGCUUUUUUUGAUAUGACGAAACUGAAAAUAAAAUAUAUUUUCGCAAAUAAUGUUCCUUUCCAUUUGACAUCCGUCUAGACCAAUUACAUGUGUGUACAAUUUUAAAUCAUUCUCCAAAUUCUGUUUUCCAGAACAAUUAUUAUAACUAUGAAAAAUGAUUCAAAACUGAAAGGCGUUGAAAUCGGACUAAGGAUAGCAUAAACAUACAAUUUUCGAGAAUAUUUUUCAAAUUCCUUUCGACAUUUUACUUUUUUAGGUGCCCCU